CCAUUUCUCUCUCUCUCUCUCUCUCUCCACCACCCCCAACAACCAUCACCGGUCGGUGCAUUUUCCCGGGAAAUUAAACACACAUUCAUUUUCCCGGAAAAAUCAAAUCCCCCGAUCGGAACGAUUCCUUAUUUCCAAUCACGAUUGAGCCGUGAUAAAAAAUUCAUCAAGAGCUGAAUUAUCAGAUUAAAUUAACAUACGAUGAAUUUCUUGUGAAUCAAGCAAGGCAUUUGCUUUGUAAUAAUUUAUAUUGCGUGGCAUUGUGAGGGAGGAGUUUGAAGAUGAUGGCGAAUCAAGGCGGUUCUUUAAGGAAAACUCUGUCUUUGAAUAGCUCUCCUUCUCCUUCUCCUUCUCCUUCUCAGCUCAAGAAGAAACCUUCAGAGAAUGGCAGCCUCGAUACAACCUCCCGAAAAUCUCUUUCUUCUUCUCGUUCCAUGGGAGUAUCUGGAGAACGUAAGGUGAGGCGAUUGAGGCUGUCGAAGGCCCUGACAGUACCUGAAACUACAAGUAUUUAUGAAGCUUGCCGUAGGAUGGCUGCUCGUAGAGUUGAUGCUUUGUUACUGACUGACUCAAAUGCAUUACUUUGUGGAAUCCUGACAGACAAGGAUAUAGCAACAAGGGUUAUUGCUGGCGAGGUGAAUCUUGCGGAGACACCUGUUUCCAAGGUUAUGACUAGAAAUCCAGUUUUUGUACUGUCUGACACUCUUGCUGUAGAAGCCCUGCAAAAGAUGGUGCUAGGAAAAUUCAGACAUUUGCCUAUUGUGGAGAGUGGAGAGGUCAUUGCUUUGCUUGAUAUAGCAAAGUGUUUAUACGAUGCUAUUGCCCGCAUGGAAAGAGCAGCUGAAAAAGGAAAGGCCAUUGCAGCUGCUGUUGAAGGUGUUGAAAAACAAUGGGGGGCAUCUAUUGCUGGUCCUAACACAUUCAUUGAAACACUUCGAGAUCGAAUGUUUAGGCCCUUUUUGUCUACGAUCAUUCCUGAGAAUUCAAAGAUUGCAACUGUCUCGCCAACUGACACAGUAUUAAUGGCAACAAAGAAGAUGGUUGAGUACCGUAUGAGCUCUGCUGUUGUAGCAGUUGAAAACAAACCACGAGGAAUUUUAACAUCAAAGGAUAUCUUGAUGAGGGUAAUAGCACAAAAUCUUCCUCCAGAGUCCACUCCAGUGGAGAAGGUGAUGACCCCAAAUCCCGAAUGUGCAACAGUGGAUACACCCAUUGUUGAUGCUCUGCAUAUCAUGCAUGAUGGAAAAUUUCUACACCUUCCUGUUGUUGAUAAAGAUGGAAUAGCGGUUGCUGUUGUUGAUGUACUUCAUAUCACUCAUGCUGCUAUAGCCACAGUGGGAAGCAAUGCCGGGGUUAGUAAUGAUUCGUCACCCAAUAUGAUGCAAAAAUUUUGGGAUUCUGCUAUGGCUUUAUCUCCUGAUGAGGAGGAAGAUGCAGAAAGUGAUAGUUCUUUCAAAUUGGCUUCUGAAAGCAUUGAGACAACAAGAUCACUUCCCUACCCUUCGUCAAUCGUGCCUAAUACCUUUGCUUUCAAAAUUCAAGAUAAGAAGGGUCGAAUGCAUAGAUUCAAUUGUGAUACACAGAGUUUGACUGAUCUUGUGACUGCAAUCCUUCAGAGGGUGGGGGAUGAAAUUGACCGCAACAACUUGCCUCAUAUUUUGUAUGAAGAUGAAGAUCAUGACAACGUUGUACUUGCAUCAGAUAGUGAUCUUGUUGCAGCUGUGGACCAUGCAAGGUUAGCCGGUUGGAAGGUAUUAAAGUUGCAUUUAGAUCAUUCAGGAACACAAGGUCAUAGGAGAGGAUCACAAUCUGGAGGUGUAGAGUAUGCUCAAUCGGAUGUGUGGGCUUCAGCAUACAGUGCUUUACCUGCAGGGGCUGCACUAAUUGCCGGAUUAAGCAUGUUAGCAUACUUGAGGAGGAAUGAUAACUGA